CAGCAUCCCAAAAGGCAAUUAGGAAUGGUUGCCCGAGCAACAUAACAUCCUUGUCAAAUGCCACAGGGAUUUCUGUUUCUGUUCCCUCACAAAUGGCAUGCUUCCAUGCACAAAACAGUGGAGUAGCGAAGGAAUGUUGUUGCUUCCCAUUUUGUUUUUCAGCUUUGCUUGGACUCUUUUCUGCUGAAGCAAAGGCACAGAGUAAACAGAGGAGUAAAGAGAAAAAAAGGCAACAUGAACAAGGAAAGGAAUCCUAUGGGAAAGUGAGGUGGGGAUGCUCUGCAUUCUGGAUAUCGGAACAAAGCAGUGGAAAAAAUCCAACAGACAAGAUUGUCAAUGAGGAAGAAUCAUUUAAACAGAAUAAAACCAUUUAGAAAAGGAAAAAGGGAGAAAAUGGGCAAUGCUGGAGGAGUAGUAUAAAGGGGUGCAGUUCAGCUGAGACUGAAUUCCUCUUUGGCUGUCCAUAAACUGAAACAGAAGGAUGCAGAAGACUAUCCCUUGUCUUUUUGUAGAUGAAUGAUAAGAGCACAAGAUCAUUAAUACCAGUUUGUUGCAAAGAUGAGUUCAGAGGAGAAGAGUAUAUCUCCAGCUCACAAAACAUCCACUCCAUCGCAUAGAAGUGCGUCCUCAUCAUCAUCAUCUCAGAGAGACAGGAGGCAGAGUGUUCAUAUUUUGGAGCGAAAGGCAUCUUCAGGAAGCACUGACCCUUCUCUAAGCAAGCAGUUCCUUGAAAGCGAUCAUAUCUCUCUAUCCAAGGAACCUGACAGCUGGGAAAUCAUAGAGGGUCUGAAAAUAGGCCAGACCAAUGUCCAGAAGCCAGACAAACAUGAAGGUUUCAUGCUGAAAAAGAGAAAAUGGCCAUUAAAAGGUUGGCACAAGAGAUUUUUUGUUCUGGAUAAUGGAAUGCUGAAGUAUUCAAAGUCACCAAUUGAUAUACAGAAAGGAAAAGUCCAUGGGAGCAUUGAUGUCGGUUUAUCAGUCAUGUCUAUAAAAAAAAAGGCUCGUAGAAUAGAUCUUGACACAGAAGAACACAUCUAUCACCUGAAGGUAAAGUCGCAGGAUUCAUUCGAUGCAUGGGUUUCAAAAUUACGCCACCACCGGUUGUACCGUCAGAACGAGAUUGUGAGAUCUCCACGAGAUGCCAGCUUCCAUAUAUUCCCUUCAGCAUCUACUACAGAGUCUUCGCCAGCUGCUAACGUGUCAGAUGGAAAGGUGCAACAAAAUAACUACUCCUGGCAGUCUCCUAUACCUUGCAGUAACAGCCUUCCUGUCACCUGCACUACUGGUCAGAGUAAAGUAGCAGCUUGGUUGCAGGACUCUGAAGAAAUGGACAGAUGUGCAGAAGAUCUUGCUCAUUGUCAGUCUAACCUUGUGGAACUCAGUAAACUUCUUCAAAAUUUAGAAAUACUACAGAGAACUCAAUCAGCACCAAAUUUCACAGACAUGCAGGCUAACUGUGUAGAUAUUUCAAAGAAAGACAAGCGAGUCACGAGACGAUGGAGAACAAAAAGUGUCAGCAAAGAUGCAAAAAUUCAACUUCAGGAAGGGCCGGCACCGAAGGGCCAGUUCAGCUCAACACGACGCCGGCAGAGACUGGCAGCUGCAGUGGCUACAACAGUUCCUUUCAGUGCUACAAUGUCACCCGUUCGAUUGCAUUCGUCCAAUCCCAACCUUUGUGCAGACAUUGAAUUUCAGGCUCCCCCAAGCCAUGUAACAGACCCUCUGGAGUGCUCUACUGAGUACAUGAAGCUUCAAGAAGAAUUCUGCUUGAUGGCACAAAAAGUGCAUUCUCUUUUGAAGUCUGCCUUUAACAGCAUAGCUAUAGAGAAGGAGAAGCUUAAGCAGAUUGUUUCAGAGCAGGAUCUUACAGGCCACAAUGCUCAAAUAGCACACCUCAGACAGUCCCUCUCUCAGGCUCUCAACCAGAAUGCUGAACUAAGGAGUCGCUUGAACAGAAUACAUUCAGAAUCUGUUAUUUGUGAUCAGGUUGUCAGUGUAAAUAUUAUCCCUAGUCCUGAUGAGACAGGUGAACAAAUUCACGUCAGUUUGCCACUGUCUCAGCAAGUUUCUAAUGAAAGCAGGCUCUCUAUGUCUGAAUCUGUUUCAGAGUUCUUUGAUGCACAGGAAGUGCUUCUAUCUGCCAGCUCGUCAGAAAAUGAGGCUUCUGAUGAUGAAUCUUAUAUCAGUGAUGUGAGUGAUAAUAUAUCUGAGGACAACACCAGUGUUGCAGACAACAUUUCUCGGCAAAUUCUUAAUGGUGAGCUAACAGGAGGCGCUUUCAGAAAUGGGCGGAGAACUUGUCUCCCAGCUCCCAGCCCUGACACCAGUAACAUCAAUCUGUGGAAUAUUUUGAGAAAUAACAUUGGCAAAGAUCUUUCCAAAGUAUCCAUGCCAGUUGAGCUAAAUGAACCUCUGAAUACCUUGCAACAUCUUUGUGAAGAGCUGGAAUACAGUGAACUCUUGGACAAGGCUGCUGAAACAGAUGAUCCUUAUGAGCGCAUGGUUCUCAUAGCUGCUUUUGCAGCAUCAGGCUAUGCCUCUACCUACUUUAGAGCAGGAAGCAAGCCAUUUAACCCUGUGCUUGGAGAAACUUACGAAUGUAUUAGAGAAGACAAAGGAUUUAGGUUUUUCUCAGAGCAGGUUAGCCACCAUCCUCCAAUUUCGGCCUGUCACUGUGAAUCAAAGAACUUUGUGUUUUGGCAAGAUAUCAGGUGGAAAAACAAAUUCUGGGGGAAAUCAAUGGAAAUUCUGCCAGUUGGAACCUUGAAUGUGACUCUUCCAAAGUACGGAGACUACUAUGUCUGGAACAAAGUCACUACUUGCAUACAUAAUAUUCUUAGUGGAAGGAGAUGGAUAGAACACUAUGGAGAGAUAACUAUCAGAAACACAAAAAGCAGUAUUUGUAUUUGUAAACUCACAUUUGUCAAGGUGAACUACUGGAAUUCAAAUGUAAAUGAGGUCCAGGGUGUUGUGAUAGAUCAAGAAGGGAAAGUGGUUCAUCGUCUUUUUGGAAAGUGGCAUGAAGGUCUUUAUUGUGGAGUUGCACCUUCAGCCAAAUGCAUAUGGAGGCCAGGCUCGAUGCCAACUAAUUAUGAACGUUAUUAUGGCUUCACAAGGUUUGCUAUUGAGCUAAAUGAAUUAGAUCCUUUAUUGAAAGAUCUUCUUCCUGCAACAGAUGCACGCUUCAGGCCAGAUCAAAGGCUUCUGGAGGAAGGAAAUAUAGAAGCAGCAGCAUCUGAGAAACAAAGAAUAGAGGAACUUCAGAGAGCUCGGAGGCGGUACAUGGAAGAAAACGGCAUUGAAUAUGUACCCAAAUUUUUUAAAAAAGUUAUCGAUGCUAAUCAAAGAGAAGCCUGGGUUACCAAUGAAACCUACUGGGAACUGCGAAAGGAUCCUGGCUUUAGUAAAGUAGACAUUCCCGUGCUCUGGUAAACUGAGAAUGUAGAUCUAGUAAACAUAUCACUCUGAAGAAAAAAAAUAACUAUGCACAAUAUGUUUCUUAUAGCUAAGCGUGGUUUGUGGGACUACGGAAAAACGUAUCAUACGCAUUUAUAUUCAUCUUUAUAAUGGACUUUUGAAAGUGCAUUAGACCAGGCCCCUGACCACUUCUGGAUCUUUUUAAUUUUGCAGCAGCCAUUAAAAAAAAAAAGGAAAAAAAAGAAAAAAAAAGGAAACAAAAACCUUUUAAAGUUUCAUAUGCUGAAAAUUCAGAAAAAAAGAAGCAGAUGAGUUAUCCAAAGUCGCUCAGAAGAGGUGGUAAGCGCAAAACUGCAACCGGUGCUUUAAACAGACAUUAAGAGUAAUAUAAUUUAAAUUUAAAAUAAAAAAAAAAGGAAGAAAAAGAGAAAAACAUCCAUUUUGUUUCAACUAUUUUUGUUAAAACCUCUUGGGUCACAACACUGUCAUUUCUGGCUUCAGGUUAGUCCUUUGAUGUGAUGUGCUUGGACUGGCCUUUGUCAAAAAGAUAUGCUUUUCCGGAAGCUGUUCCCAUUCAUAUGCCAUUGUUCAUGCCUUAACAAAAUAUGAAGAUGUACAGUAAGUAAAUUUAAAAUAUCUAUGCUUAGGCUUGUGUGGAGGGCAGAUUUUUAAAGCACUAGAAUUUUAUCAUAAUAAAAAUAUUGGACGAGCUGCAUUAUUUAAAAUCAAAAGACAACCAAACAUCUAGCUGUAUUUCAGAGGAAUAAGAUCUACUGUACAUGCUUUAGCUUUGGGAUGCUGACUGUAUAAUCAGACUGAAAAGAAACUCCUAGCUGGUUGAAUUUGAGACAAUUUUGGUAAAUGCAUAGAAAGUUCAUAUUCUAAAGUGACUGAUGCUGAGAUGCAAUCAUCACUUUUAGCACUGGCUGGACAUAGAUGUCACAGUUAAUCUCAUUUUCCCAUAACUGUUUAUACAAUUAGAAGUCCCUGGAGCUUUGCAACAGUGUUAAAAGCACAGAAGGAUUUCAUGGGAAGGUCUCUGGCUUCUCUCCAGAAGCUGAAUAGUACUAUAAAUGCAACUGUUUUCUGCUACACACACUGUUUACUUUCCUGGCUCUGUUUUUUCCCCAUCCACUUUUCUUAUCUAAAUUUAUAUUUGAGCGUAUGGCAGAGGCUUCCAAAUGUUGUAGCUAUCAACUACUACUUGUUUUGCCAGAAUAGCUUUUGUGCAAAAUUAUACUUCACAUUCUUCCAUAAAGUGAUUCUAUAUUUUUUGGUUAAGAACCAAGUCUCUUACAUGUUGCUAAGCCUCUGUUAAUAUAAGUGGGAGAAGGCUUGGCACUUUCUGUUUGAAAAUUUCUGAAUGAUAAACAGUGGGAGGGCAGAUUUUAAUAGAAGGACAAAAGUAAUUUAUUAGGUAAAAACUAAGAUCCAUAUAGUAUGAUCUAGUCUUCCAUUUAUACAUGUAUUAUAUACCCUGCCAUCAAUGAUAGGUUAGAUUUCAUGCAUAUACAGUGUAUUUCUUUCUGCCCAUACACAGCAUACAUCGUGCACGCAGAUUUUUCUAUUUAUGAUUGAUUCCAAUACCGAGACCUAAAAUAAAAUUACUAGAUAAGUAUGUGAUCCUGCCAGCAGAGCUGCUUGAUCACUCUGGAUCACCACACAUGCCCAACUCUCAGCCGCCUUCUUCAUUUUGCAGAGUCAGCUCCCUAUGGAACUCAGAUUACCUUGGUUGCUUAAUUAAGUUCUCCGUAUUGAUUGUAUGACAAAGCAACUAACAGGGCAACUAGCUACUAAUCAGUUCCAAUUUCUUCAUGCAGUUCUGUUAACAGAAUUAUGAAAACCUAAAGAACAUAUUAAGUAGGCUUUUUAAGAAUUGUAAAUGCUGAUGAAUUGUUUAUCAAUAUUUGGUAUAAAAAAACUAUGUGCAGAUGAAUAGGACUUCUUCCAAAGAAAAUUUUAAAUUAUUCAAAGAAUGUUAUAUUUUUUUUCCUAGUUGAACCAAGUCUGAUUUAUUAAUUUUUUUUAUUUAUGCAAUUUUUAUUACAAGAAAAUGAAAAUAUAUCAAAGUUUGAGUUUUUAAGUAAUAUUUUGUUAACUUCAUCCUACUUGCUUUAAUAACAUCACUAUGAAUCAAAUUUGCGCAUUGUGUGCAAAAUAGCAAUUAAUUAUUCUGUGUUGCUUUCUUUAAAACCAACUCUAUUAAACACUUGUCCACCUCUUGCUCCAGUCUUUGUGUGCAGUUCACCGUGAUAUUAGGAAGAAUUAUGUGUGUAUGACUGCAAGUACAUUUGAGGGACAGAACUGCAUGUCCUCAGACUUUUAAUUUAAAUACAGAAAGAAGGUCGUUAGUUUUACAGUGUUCUGGUAGUGCUUUGUGAAUGGAAUUAUUUGCAAUGCAAACUGGAACUUGGUGAACAGUGAAGAUGCUAUUGUUGAAUUGUUUUUUACAGUAGUUUAUUUGACACUCAUUGAAAGAAAAAUAGCAUUAAUAUCUUUAGAAUUUAAAAAAUCCAUGGUAUGCUAAAUCUUUCUAUUGAAGGCACUUUCUAAGUCUAGUGAAUGUUAAAUUAGUUUAAUUAGUAAGUAGAGAAAACACAACAUGAUGCAACACAAAAUAUUUUCACUCUUUAUCAGAAGUUGAAAAGUGCUACCAGAUGUACUGUAAAGCAGUUUCUAUAGUGCCGAAUUCUCUGGAUUCUGUGCAAAGUCUGUUAUUACAUUUUUUUCUCUAAUGUUGAUGGACAUCAUGGCAUAUUUUGGGCUGUUUCUAUUGACAGUGGGUCUAGGGGCUUCUAUCCAAAUUACAAUUUUUAGUCAACCUGUGAAAUUUCACAGCACUGAGUCACAGGGAAUUGCAUUCUUUUCACAUCCCCUGCCCAUGUAGUGCAGAAUGGAGUAUCCAAAGUUGCAAAGAGAAUGCACCACUGGCUGUUUUGCAGCCUGGCACCUAUUGUAAGUACCUGCUCUUUUUAGCAGGGCUUCUGCUCAGGCAUCCCUUCUCAGCAUGUGUGAUUUUUCUGCUCCAGGAGCAGAUCUUUCCACUUCUAUUGAACCUCAUGAAGUGUUUUCUGGUCCAGUCCUCAAGGUGAGCAGUGUCCCUCUGGUUCAAGCUUUGCCAUUUGGCAUGCCAUCUCAUCCUCCUGAUUUAAUGUCGUCUGUGAACUCGUUAGCAUGUAGUCUUUUGUCCUUGUCUGGGUCACUGGUGAGAUGUUGAUUGACAUGGGCCACAAAAUUGGUCCCUGCAGGGCUGUCCUCAUUGCAGGCUGCCAGCGGGGCGUAAAACAUUGAUAAAUGCCCUUCAAGCCUGGGCAUUUAGACAGUUUUCAGCCCACAUCUCUCCAUUCAUCCAGGCAGUUUUUCCUUUUGGAAGGCAUGAAAAAUACUAUCCAACUCAGUAGAUUUAAUUGCUAUAGGUUUGGUAGGUGAUGAAAAUUUGUGUAAUCUUUUGGCAUUUAAAACCUUUUAAGCAAUUUAAGGUACACUAACUUUCACUUGAGAGACAUAUCCCUUACUUUUUUCCCUGUUUUUUCUCAGAGCACUUAUUUCUGUACAAAAUACACAACUUUCAUGCUUUUUUUUCAUAAUAGUGAGCUGUAGUUUCAAUUAAUAUUUUAAAUGUGUAUCUUAAUUUCCUCCCUGCUCUGGAACUGUGAAUAUGAUCGGUAAUAAUAGCUAUUUUCAUCAGAUGUAAUGUGUGACAAAGACCUUAAUAGCUUCAUUCUUAUUUUAGAUCAGUAUUAACAAGGUGGUAGAUUUUUCUGCAUAUCAGAAAUUGUUAUCUCACUGGGAGAGACUAUUUGAAUAUGAGUUGGUUUUCAUACAGUAUCACUGUGAUUAAAAAGUCAUCUAGACACCCAUUCUAAUUUUAGACAGAUGUAAGUUGCAUGAAAUAAACUUUUUUGUAUUUAGCUUUAAAAGUGAAAAUCACACUGUAGUAGUCUUUUCAUCUUGCAAAUAAUGUUACCCUUUUUUUUUUCCUCAUUUUGAACUUCUGACUCCAAAUGAGGUUGUAUGGCAUCUGUAGGUUUUAUUUGAAUAGCACAUGCCAGGAAUAUGUCAGGUAUUACAGUGCAUAUACAUGGCCCAGUUUUGAAAGAUAUUAUGCUUAAUUACCUACUGAACACUGUCAGCAAGCAAAUUACACAAACCUUAGGGCACACUAGGAGCCAGUGCUGGUCCUGCCCUCAUGGGCACCUGCUGAGGAGUUUGCAUUUGGGCUAUGUCCAUGUCCUCUGUUUGCAGUGGAGGUCACAUCAUUUUCUCACCUCUCACCAGUGGAGCCCAGCACAAAUGUAGUCUUGCUUUGAGUUUCUCUCAAAAAAUCUGAAUUUUUAGAAAUACCCUAAGGGAAGGGAGGUUCAUUUGCAAUUGCACAAUAACCAAGAGGGCUGAAUGUACCAAUUCUCUGUGUUUUGCUUAAGUUUCUUUCCCUAGCAAAGCUGUGUUAGUAUAGGGAGGGUUUGUGUGGUCUCUUUAUUUUACAGGAUUUUAAACAUUGUCUGGUGCAACAAUAAACAGUAACUAUUUAACAUGCCAUCGGCUGCAGUUGUAAUCUGAGGAAUUAACAUUUUUAUAUGUUCAGACUAAUACUAGAGCUGCAUAAUGAAAGUAAGAGAGACUUUUCCAGAUUAAAUCCACCUGAGAGUGUAUUUGUAUUCAUAUGCUAAAUUUACAGUAGGGAUUAAGUUAGAGAGUUUGGCUCACCUGGUGGAAUAAGAUUAACGUUGACAAAAUUGUGUAAGAAACACUGGAGUGGCUUCACUGGUAACCUUGUGUUAUACACAGGCCUGGGAGAAAGUUAACAAAAUUUGCUAUAACUGCUUACCUGGGCAGCUACUGGGGUGAAAAAUACUAUCUUGCUUUUUCUUUCUGUCUGUCAUUAAAUAUUAGUCCUUAAAACUGUAUAAAACUUGAAAUUGCUCUUUAGUAAAUAUAUUGAUAGAAGUCGAGAUAUAUUUAGUAUAAAAAGUAGUAUAAUUUUCUACUUUACCAUCCAUGGUUACUUUUAUGAUAAUUCUGAUAACACUCAGUAUUUUCAUUAAGAAAGGUCUUUUUUUCUUAUUAUUUUCUCUUUUUUUGUUUUUGUUUUUUUUUUAACAGAAGAAUCUAGACUAAGUAUGUUAAUAUAGGUUUAAUUAGAACAGUGUCUGGAACCCAGAAGAAUGUUGCAAAUCUGAGUAAGGUCAGAGAAACGGCUUAUUUAUAGCAAUUUACUUUAUUUUUGUACUAUAUAUUGUAAGGAGUCUACUUACAAAAGCAAAUGCAUUAUUUGCUUUUUAAACUAGGGUAUGUAAAGUACUUCCAUUCAUUGGCUUUGGUGUAAACUACAUAUUUCUUUCACUAAAUUAGAAGGCCUCUUAUAAAAGGAUUUUUAUAUGGUCUCUUGCAAGUUUAAAAAGUGAUAUUGUUGUACUUGUGUUUUAUAUGCCAAUCUUCUCCUUUGUCAAAUUUUGUGGCGUUAUAAAUCCCUCAUAUCUUUCACUUUUUUUACCUUCCGUGCAAUCUUUGACAAACCUCAGAAAAGAAAGGGGAGGAGGAGACAACAAUGGAGAGUGGUGAAACUAGUCACAGAAGCUGUCUGUAUGAGAUGUAAAAAAAUACAAAGUUUUCUAACUUCUAUAAAUUAAAAUGUCAGUGGAGCUGUUGAAUUCAUUUCAGGCAGGUUAUCUUAAUACCAUUUUUCUUUGCACUGAUCCAUGACAGCAUGAAAAAAGGGAAGACUGGUGACAUUUGCUCAGAAUUAAUGUGAAGGUGAAGGGAAGUUUUUAUUCCUUUUAUAAAUAAAAAAUGGCUGUAGCCAGCAUUUGGCUGAAGGUGUCUUGGUAAUGUGGACAAAGGGAGUUACAUAUUUUAUAAAUACAGAAACCAUAAAGUCUGAAUAUAUAAUCAGCAGUUUGUAAUAUAUUCUUUCUAACCUAUGAAUAAUUCAUUUAAGUGUGGUAAAGCUACUUAUUGGUACUCCUGGAGCAAUGAUUCAGAUGUCUCCUGUGAAACACUAAAAUGUAUUUCCAUAUUGACUGCUACUUUUAAUGGUCUGCAUUGAUGAAAGGGGGAUAUCUUAUGCUAAUAUAUAAUGUUGCUGGCCCAGAACAUUGGGCAUGCAAAAUGGGAAGAGGUGAGGAAAUUCCUUCAAAAGUUCAGGAGUGGGUAACUUAUCUGAGUAUCAAAAUGAUGUGCUAUACAAGAGCAGCACACACACUGGGAAAUAUCCAACCAGAACUGUUGUUCUUCACUGAGAUACUUACUCCUUGUGCCAGUUGGUGCAGCCACACAUGCAGUGUCUUUUUCUGAAGUAGCAUCACUUCCUAGGAUUGCACUUGUGUUCCAGUGGUUGAUUUGUCAGAUCCACCAAGAACAAUCAGUGUUAGAGUCAGGACUGCAAACUCAGAUUUCUUGUCUACUAGUCCUGUGCUGAAUUCUCUCUCUUUCUUUGUUAAAUUCACCUGAACAAGGAAUAUUACAGUAACAUUAACAUAGUUAAUACAAGGUUAAUCCUUACUAUUUUCCAGGCAAAGGAAAAUUCAGGAUAGCUCAUUUAACUAGAUGGAGGAAUCACAGGUGAGAUCUACUAUCCUUGUAUCUGCUUAAUAUUUUAUAAAAUAUUUUGAGACUGGAUCACAAUAAAUAUAUUAAAAUCACUUUGUCACCUGUCUCAAAAUCAACCUUGAAAAUUGUCAUUCCAAUCUGAGGUUAGAAAAUAGGUCUAUUUAGUUCUCAAAAUAAGUGUUACUUGUGUUCUUUAGUGGUUGACAUAUAGAAUAAUAAAUUCAGAUCACAAUAAAUUUUAUUUUCAGCUAAGUCUCACAGAAGACCCGACUGAGCAGAAAAAUAAAUGCUGAUGAGUGUACUUUGGUAUGCAGGGAUAAAUGCAAAAUGACAACUUCUACCUUAGUCAAGCUUUCAUUCUAAUUAGCAAAGACACUGUUUUUGUUCCUUUGUAAUUAUUUGUAAACUACUUGUUUUCAAAAGUUAUUUCCUGACUGAGAAUUAAUCACAUAUGAAGUUUGUGUUCUAAAAAUUAAACAAUGUUUGGAACUCUGCAGACAUAAACAGUGAUGCUUCUGUCUUGCACCUAAUGCUCACAUCUUGCUAAAUCUCCAGCUCUCAGGGUGGACCAAUAAAAUUUCACCCUUGGACCAAACAGAAAUAUCAGUGGGCUUUUCCAAAGGGAUUCUUCUAUGUAUAUUGAUUGGUGUCUAAGUUAUUUACUAUAAAAUAAGUAAGAAAUCAAGCUGCUAGUAUUUGAUGCCUGAGAUAGUUUUGUUCCUCAAAAUGCAUAGCAAACUACUUGUUCUUCAUCUGUUACUGCUAGAUUGUCUGAAGAGGAUACUUUUAUUUAGUAUGUAAAAAGCCAUCAUAAAAUUAAACAAAAAUUAAGAAUCCAGAGAGAUUGUUAAGAUAGUUCUGUAUUAGGAUAUUAGGUAUAUUUUCUUUGUUGUAACCAGUAGCAAGACUCUUCUCUGGGUCUUUAUCUACUUUUCUCUGUAUAAUUAAGUGGUUAGUGAUUUAUGAUUUCCUAGUACUUCAGUAGCAAAGAAUUUUGUAUUUUCUCACACUUUUGCACAAAGUACAUAUAAAUUUGGAAUAAUGUCACACUUUUUUGGUGUGACUGGAUCCCAUGCGCACAUUUAGGAAAUGUAGUAAAUGUUCAUAUUUUUUACCUUGCUCAGAUUAUGAGAAUGCUAUUAGAAGAGUAAAGUUAUAUUAGCUGUCAUUUUUACAUUGCCUUACUGAGCUUCUUUGCUUUUAACAGCCUUUUAGACGGGAAACAGCCCCAUGCCAAUUCUUUAUCAGACCAAAAUGUCAGAAUCUAAAUAGCUAAAAGAGCAUUCUUUGCUGAUUGCCCAUAUCCCUGUGCUUGUUCUGAAAAAACCCCCAUAUCUGUUCAUUCCUCGUACAUCUCUUCGCGUAGCAUACUUGUAAAAGGGGAUUCUCAGAGUCUUCCCACUGUGAUUAUGCUAUUAUGUCAGCAAGAAAGGCAUACAGAAACUUGCUUUGUGAUUUUUAAGAUGAAUUUGAAGGCAAAUAGUUGCUUUCUAGAAGCAUAACAUAUAGAGCCAGUGCUACUUUUCAGUACUGGGUAGACAGUGUCUGUUUUAGAGGGAAAUAACAGACUGUAAUGAGAAAGGGUCUGAAUUCCUAGAUGCACCAGAUAAAAUUCUUUCUGUUGUUUGAAAGCAAGAGAAAAGGGUUGCUUAAGGGAAAGAAAGACACUAAGAAAUAUUUAUGUACCCAGCCACCCAACUGUUGCAGAAGGCAUUAUUUUUGAGCACUGUAGUACUAAGCCUUACCUGCAGCACCCUUAAUUUUAUGCUCAAACGUUCACUGUGGACUUAAAUAAUGAGAUGAAGAAGAAUAGGAUACAGGGAAAAAAACCCCAAUACCAUCAUUUCUAAAUACUCAAUAGAAUAUUGAUUUGCAAACACUUGUGGUGAAAAUUAUAUAAGCUACUUAUUAUAUUGCAAUUUUCAAAAGCAUAAAUUUAGUCCCUCAUAGUGCAUUCAGUAAUUUAACAUUAAAAAAUAUUCUUGAUUGAUCAUGAUUGAUUUCUUGCAAAUGCAUUCAUCCAUGCUUGACUUCACAAGUUUGAGAUGUCUUCAGGAUGAUUCUUUUUUAUGUCUUAUUAUUCUGAUUUCAAAUAUGGGCUGUAAUUGUGCCUGUAAAAAUAAUUUUAUUGCUUAUGGUUACUAGGCAUCAGGAGCUGAGGAAUAAUACAGAAAGAAUAUAAUUUGCAUAUUCCAAAUCUAUAGACUUUUAUUUCACUGUAAGAGUUAAUCAGCAAUGCACAUCAGAUUUUUCUCUGCUUCAUUUGCUUGGACUCUGAUGUUGUACAGGCAAGAAUACUUAGUAUGAACAUUGCAGUUUAAAUCAGUUUAAAAGAUGUAGAUGCUUAAGUUCAAAUAAAAAUGCUCAACAGUGAAAUUCCUAGGAAAAAUACAUAGCUGGUUACCUGGUUACACCAGGCUUUAGAUUAGUUGAUUUUUAGUUCCUAUAUGCUUAAACAAAUAAGCUUCUACACAGACAAGGCUUGAGCUGCUGUUGGUACUCCAUUCUCCAUUGAAAUCAGUGAGCUUUCAGGUGAGUGGAUGAUGUAGCUACCUAAAUCUAUUUCAGCUGUAGGCCUAAUGUGCAGUCAAGCCUAGUUAUUCAACUAGUUGCACUAAAGAUUAAUUUUGAACAUGUGCACCGAGUUGUGGAAGAUAAAAUGUGUGAAAUACAGUUGGUUUGACCGCUUGCCGCUCAGAGCAAUAUAUUUGACUUUCCUUUGACUCGCUUGCGUUUUGGAACCUUGUUCUGGAGCUUGUGGUAUUUAAAAACAACUUAACUUCAUGUCUCUGCAAAGCUCAAUUAGAUGUGACAUUUGGAAGAAAGAACAGUACAUUGAAACAAUGACAAUUUAUCAUAUUAUGUCUCACUCUGGCAAGCUUAAUUGUAAGAAUAUUUGCAAUUCUUUUUUCCCGUUUCCCUAUACUUUCCCCACAAUGGUGCCUGGCCAGAGUUUAAGGUUGCUACCACUGUAUGCCAGUCAAAAAAAGGAGUCUGAUCUUUCUGAUUUGUGGAGAAGGGGGUGGCUGACUAAGAGCACACUUCUAAUCUCAGCCCAGAAAAGCAUGAAUGCAAGAAAGUGCCUCUUCUGUCUAAGGCUUUAGCACAUAAACAGAAUUGCUUUUUUUUGGUAUAUUGAGUUUUCUGGCUACUUCUGAGAUUGAACCUAGCCAGAAAGGAACAGUUAAGAGAACAGUUUUAAGUUUCCAUGUAAUGCAGCUGCAACACUUACUCUGUGUCUUUGCACUUAUAUGUUGGUUUUGAACGUACUGUUGUAGUAAUCCAGAGAGCAGAUGAGGCCUCACACUGACUACCUCUCAUGCAAUAAAAACCAAGCUCAUUCAGUAUUUAAUGUUGAUUACAGUCAAGCAUCCUUUGGCCACAUGAUUCAGGGAGGUGGUAGUGGGGGGAAUAGUAAACAAAAAGUAAUAAUUAAGACUUUUUUCCAGUGAUAUAUGUGGUAUACACAAUACCCAUAAUACCAAGUCCAACUGAAGGAGGUCCUACAGCUUCUGGUAGGAAAUAAAAAGUGAACUUGGCUAUGCUAUAGUUUUUGUUGUGCUCUAAAACGUAACAAAAGAUGUCAUCUGUUUCCUUCAGACUAAGUCAGAUUUACCAGGAUAUUGUGUCCAAAACACAUAACACAGUUUUAGUUUUUGAGGAAACAUGACGCUCUUUUACCUGUUGCAAUGUAAUUGGAUAAUGCAUGUACAAAUGACUUGUGUAGCCUGCCAAUGAAUGUUGCUAAUGCCUUACCAAAAAAAAAAAAAAAAAGAUAAAGCAUAUUUUUUGUAUUUUUUUUCCUCAGAGGCAAAUCCAAACAAUGCUAGAUUUGGGAAACUGUUUACUGAAAAGCAUUUUCUAAUAGAUCUCUGAAGAAGUGCAAUUGUAUAAUUAUUAUUGUUCAGUGCAUACAGUACAUUGUCUCCAUCACUCUGUACACUGCUGCUAUUAGUGCUUGUUCUAAUAAAUCUCAAUGUACACUGUUUAAA